GUGGAAGUAAAGAAAUUGAGAGUGUGAAUAGCAAUUUGGUUCACAAAAACCCUAAACGGUGGAGAAUGUGGGGUUUACACUAAUCGGUAAUCAGAUUCGGACCAAAGCCAUUGACUUGUCUUCUCUCUGCCUCAGCUUCAUACUGUUCUCGUCGAAAUGGAGGUUCACGUUCCUACCCACUUACCCUCUCUUCUCCCCGCUCUCGCCGCCGACACACUUCUCGCCGCCGCGCAAUCUAUCGCUUUGAUUGGUUAUCUGCUGACUAAUUCAGUGUCACCAAAUUUGACCUCAAUGGAUGGAAGGUUUCCUUUAGAAGAACUUUUUGGGAGGAAACACGCUUAUCUAGAAAACAAAACUGGUAGUGAAACAGAGGAUGAUGAGGAUGGAGAUGACGACGAUGAAGAUGGACAUGAUGAGGAUGAUGAUGCAGAGGAUGAAGAAUUCUCAGGGGAGGAAGGCGAGGAAGAAGGGGAUCCUGAUGAUGAUCCUGAGGCUAAUGGUGGAGCAGGAAGUGAUGAUGGGGAUGAGGAUGACGAUGACGAUGGUGAUGAGGAAGAUGAUGAUGAUGGGGAAGAUGAAGAGGAGGAUGAGGAGGAGGAGGAAGAGGAGGAGACUCCACAGCCACCAGCUAAGAAGAGAAAGUGAGAAUUAAUAUUCGUGGCAAAUUGUUUCCAGGGAAUGCAUUUGAGUCGAGCUUUAGUGAUUAGGACAGAUAAAUUAGCAACCUUCUUGAGUAGACUUAUCUUGCUUUAUUAUGUGUCAACGAUGAUAAUUAUUCUAUUAGUAUUUCUCAUUGUUUCUUCGACUUUA